AUGAUCUGGAAAUUAACUUUUUCUAAAAAAAUACCAACAUGCAUGAAAUUACUUGCAGCUUUGUCACAGCUUAAUCGUAAUAAUACGGAAUUUUGCUUUAAGUGUGUCAACAAAGAUUACGAUGAUGAAGAUGAAAGAUUAAUCAUCAAACAAGAUUCAGAUUUGGAUCGUCUCACGCCGCCAUAUAAACUUUCGCUUGAAACAAACGAGAAACACAAAAGCGAAGAUAAUGUGAAGAAAAUUUAA